AUGGCGACUACUUUGACUGACCAGAAACGCUCUCAAUUACAGCCGGUUUGCCAGAAUUGUGGCACGUCCACUACUCCCCUCUGGCGCAGAGAUGAACUCGGAUCGGUCCUCUGCAACGCCUGUGGUCUAUUCCUGAAACUCCACGGUCGACCCCGUCCGAUAAGCUUGAAAACAGAUGUGAUCAAAAGUCGCAAUCGAGUUAAAACCGCCGGCCAGGGUCCAAAACGCAAGUCUGGCGGUACCGCCGAUGCGAAUGGUCUAACCUCCGCGCAAUCCGACGCAGGAACUCCUCCCCUUGGCUCCCAUGGAUAUCGUCGCGCGUCGCGAAAGGCGUCCCCGAGCCAUUCUGAUCGCUCCAAUUCACCUGUCUCCCGGACAGAUACCCCGGGUAUACCUUCCAUGCACCAACACAAUUCCAACAUCGCGCCACAACACAUGUUCGACAGCGUUACCCUCGCAGAACAGAGCCUCAACCAACACAAUGGCCAUGCGUCCCUGCAGCUACGCCAACCGUCUCCUACGGUGGACCGUCACAUGGAGGCCCCGCAAACAUACGAGAGGCUUCUGGCCGCCAACACCAAGCUGAACACCCGCGUCAGUGAAUUGGAAGUUAUCAAUGAGCUCUUCCGGGGUCGUGUUGCGGAACUGGAGCAGAGUGAUGCCACUGCGCGCCGUUCUGAAAUGAUAGUCCGGGAUUCUGAGGUGCGUCUUCGAAGAUCCCUGGAAGAUUCUCAACGGCGGGAAGACGACCUCCAGCGACGUGUAACCGAGCUUGAGACCCAACUGUCUGAGCGCCCUAGUGGUGACAGUAAUCUGGCAAAUAACGAAAGUCCCGAUGAACCUAUGGCGAAACGAAUUAAAUUGUCCGAUGUGGUGGAACAACCCUCUGCUUCCUCACCUACCAAGUCACCCAAGAGCAUCUAG